AUGGGGUUGAGCUUUAUUUUUGGGAAGAUGACACAAGCUCAACAGUUGACUUUUACAGUACCAGAAAUGAGUCAAGUUACUAGUUUCUAUCAAAUAUUAGAAAAGAGGAACGAAAUGUCCUCUGAGACAAUGCUGUUGCUGUGGAGCAUGAAGGAGAAGUACAAUAAUAAUUCAAGAUUUAAGAACUACUUUGACACGCUGCCAGAAGAAUUUCAUACAGGAAUUGGCAUAUACAACAUAUGGAAGUAUGAUAGCAGCGUUUUGAAAGCUUUUUCACUUGUGUACAUAUACCGGUAUUUUAAAAGGGGAAAGAGAGAUGGUUGGACUUCUCUAGGAGGCAUUAUGCUUAGUAUAACAGGAACCGAAGCUCUUUUUGCUGACCUAUCCCACUUUCUAGUUUCAUCUAUACAAAUUGCAUUUACUGUAGUUGUAUUUCCUUGCCUUCUUUUAGCCUACUCUGGACAAGCAGCAUACCUUAUGAACAAUUCAGAUCACAUAGUUGGUGCCUUCUAUCAUUCUAUUCCAGAUUGCAUAUAUUGGCCAGUGUUUGUUAUUGCAACUGCAGCUGCUGUGGUUGCAAGUCAGGCCACCAUAUCUGCAACUUUCUCAUUGAUCAAGCGGGCUCUUGCUCUUGGCUGUUUUCCAAGAGUCAAAGUUGUGCAUAUAUCUAAAAGGUUCCUGAAUCAGGUUUAUAUUCCAGAUGUAAAUUGGAUCCUUAUGAUUCUUUGCAUUGCUGUGACAGCUGGGUUCAAAAAUCAAAACCAAAUUGGAAAUGCCUCUGUUGCUUCAACUAAAUUGGGGAAGAUAUUGAACUCCUAUGCCAUUUUAACUUGUCCUUUCACUGUGAAUCUCUCCUAUGCAUUCCUACCAGACUUGAAUGUGAAGGAAAAGAUACUAAUCCUAAUUGACACAUGGCAAGAAGCCUUUGGGGGACCUCAGGGGAGAUAUCCUCAAUACUAUGCAGCAUAUAAUGAACUGAAGUUAAACACCACACUAGGAUUAGACACAAGAUAG